AUUCACUGAGUCACAGUUCGGGUCUUGGUCUCUUUGGCUCUCAGGUUCACCGUGUUGCUUAAUUAGGACAUCCCGGAAGAGAGCGACCCAAGCCGCUGCCGCUGCGCACAGCUCUAAGGCGCACUGGACCGCAUGGUGACCGCGCACAAUCCUCAACAAAACAGAGGAAAACACUGACAAACCCAGCUAAACACCGCCAAAGAAAUUUACAGCGGAGCAAAGGAGGGAGGAUAGCCAUCAUGGAGGAUUUAAUGCAACGGUUGGAGUGUGCUGUGACUUCCCUAGAGAAAAUGUCCAUUACAAUGCAAGCCUCCUCCAACAUGGCUAAUGGGAACUGUGUCAAUGGCAUAGGCGGAGGUCAGAGCCUGGAGGUUUUUGAUGUGCUGCUGAAAGGUCCUCUGUCAGAUUAUCUGAACUGCAGCAGGGCUAUUGGAAGUGAAGUAGAGAAACAUGCAGAGAUGGUGAAUGAGGCACUGCAGACUCAGAGAGCGUUUCUUCAGGUAGCUUCCACGCAUCAGGAGCCUGCACAGACGGAGCUCCAUGACCUCUUGAAACCAAUUUCCGAUCACAUCCAGGAGAUCCAGAAUUUCAGGGAACGCAACCGAGGGAGUCCUCUGUUCAACCACCUGUCAGCUGUCAGCGAGAGCAUCCCCGCCCUGGGCUGGGUGGCAGUGAGCCAGAAACCUGGUCCAUACGUGAAGGAGAUGAAUGAUGCAGCCACCUUCUACACCAAUAGAGUGCUGAAGGACUACAAGGAAACUGACAAACGUCAUGUGGACUGGGUGCACUCCUACCUGUCCAUCUGGACCGAGAUGCAGUCCUUCAUCAAGCAGCACCACACUACAGGACUGGUGUGGAGUAAGACGGGUCCCAUCGCUCCUGCAUCUCUCUUAGACUCUCCUCUCACACCCGGUGCACCCUGUCCCCCUCCUCCCCCUGGACCUCCUCCAGUCUUCACUGAGGAUCCCUGCCAGCCUCAGGCAGACGGUGCAACGCCUCAGCACUCCGCUUUGUUUGCUCAACUCAACCAGGGCAUGGAUAUCACUAAAGGUCUAAAGCAUGUCUCAGAUGAGCAGAAGACUCAUAAGAACCCCAACCUCCGUUCUCAAGCAUCACCAGGGAAAAACAAGGACCCCAAGCCUGUGAGCUCUGCAAAAGCAGCUGCACAGAAAAGACCCCCUCUGCUGGAGCUGGAAGGAAAAAAGUGGAGAGUGGAAAACUUUGAGCAGAAACACGACUUGGUGAUCGAUGAGACAGAGUUGAAACAGGUGGUGUACGUAUUUGGCUGCAGCAACUCCACCCUGCAGAUCAAGGGCAAAAUUAACUCCAUUAUCGUAGAUAAUUGCAAAAAGCUUGGUUUGGUCUUUGAGAAUGCUGUAGGAAUUGUAGAGAUCAUCAACUCCAGAGCCAUUCAGCUACAGGUGUUGGGAACGGUUCCCACCAUUUCUAUCAACAAGACAGAGGGCUGCCAAGUCUACCUGAGUAAAGCGGCUCUGAACUGCGACAUCGUUAGUGCCAAGAGCUCCGAGAUGAACAUCCUGAUCCCAGUAGGAGAAGAUGACUAUAAGGAGUUUCCCGUCCCAGAGCAGUUCAAGACAGUUUGGGAUGGCUCCAAGCUGGUGACAGAACCCACUGAGAUCGCAGGCUGAUCUGCAGCACAGGAAUCUCUUGCAAAAGCAUUCAAACCUCUUUACCUUUUUUUUUACUUCUGUAACAAAUGUCUACAUUUUAUUGCAGUUUCAUGUAUAGAUAAAAAAGUUUAAAAAAAAAAAUUUGAACUCUUAAAAUGAUACGCUUUGCAAAACGUUCACUAAUAUGUUGGGUAUCUAGGUAUCCCCUUUGACUCAUACUCAUGCAUAAAAUUUAGCACUAGUAAUUACUUUCAGAUACAGCCUAACAUGUUAAAAAACAAGUAAAUCUGUUUGAUUUAAAGGGUAUGAAUACAACAAAUACGACACUGAUAAGGAGUUCUUUUAAAGCGGGACUGAAACAUGGCAAUGGGAGCUGUAGGGAUGAUUUUCUUCAGCAGGUACAGAGAAGCUGGUGAAGAUUUAUAAAAAGGUGGAUGAAGCUAAAAGGUAGAGUUCCCUUUCUUUUCCCUAGCAACACUAAACUUGCAUCAGAUCUACAGUCUAAUAGCUUUUAACAGAGCAUGUUUGAAUGUUUACAUGACCCAGUUUAAAUCCAGACGUAAAACUUGGAUGAAAAUUUGCAGCAAGGCAAAAACACACUCAGGAUUUUUGCUUAUAAAAAGAUAAAACAUGCAUAAUUUUUAUGGAACAAUUGGGCUUAACUAUUUGUGUUGGUCUCUUACAUAAUUCCAACAUAGUAUAUUGAAGUUUGCAGUUUCCACAGAAUGUGGAAAAGGUGUGAAAAGUAAAAGGGAUGCAAUAGAUAAGGACAUCAUCAUUAAGUGUUUGGUACCUUUAAUCUGUUAAAACAAUUGCUCAGGUUACAGUAUGAUAGUUACAUACCUGUGCCAUAACAAGAGAGACAUUUCAAUUCUGAAAAAAAAAGUUUCUGCUCUUUACAUCAUAAAAAAAAAAAUUGAUUCAAAACAUUUCUAUUAACAAGUAAAGGAUCAAUUAGUCAUAUAUUCUUAUCUAAUACAUUAAAGCUGAUUUCUAUUUGUAUUAAGAGAUGCUUUUUGCAUUUAGCUGCUGUGAACAGUAACAGAAUUAAGUUCAGAUGGUUGUGCUGCUUUACUCUCAAAAUCAAAUGCUCAAAAAGUAAACUUUUCUGUAGAGGAACUAAGAACUUUUUAUGUUUAUCACUUUAGUUUGUGAAAAUAAAAUAUAACUUAGAGCACCAGGUAGAAAUAUAUACGUGUAACUAGUGUUUAUUUUAGAAUAAAUCAAUGUAAUGCUAAUCACUUUUUAAAC